AUGAAUACCAGCCUAAGCGUGCAAUGGGAGGUUGCAAUUGAGAACGAGCAGCCAGAUGUGCACAUUACGGUCCACGAACCAUCCUUGUUUACUGUUCUCAACCAGCAGUUUUAUCCACCUGACACCCACCUUCGCGUUGAUUGUGUCUCGAUUUCGAUACCUCCAGCAGAUGUUACAUUUGAGCGGACGGACAGAGAAAGUGGCGAUUUUGUGGAAAUUGAUCAGGAAUUGUUGAAGACAUAUGCAGGAACUUUUGAGAGAAGAUUCGUUUGGAACAUGACCCUGGAUGAAGAUACAGAGCUCAGAUGCACCAGCACCCGGAAUGGAAACAAAUACCCAGCCACCAAGGCCAUCAUAGUCGCUGACCAAUUUUUCACAGUUUUUUCUGCCUUCGAGAAAAGCGACAAAGCUACAUCACGCGAACUUCCAAAUGUAAUCUACGAGGGAGAUAAUGUGAAACUGACCUGUGUCGUACCAAAUGAAGCAGCGGAUUGGGAUGUGUCUUGGAGAUUUAAAAACAAAACAUUGGAAUUGUCUGGUACUGAAGUGAGAGGACACUCUAAGCUUUUGGUGCUCGAUUUGAAAAAACUAAACAUGUUAUACCAAAUGAUACGGAGCGACCCGGGACCAAUGCCUGAGUAUCUGACAGAGCUUCCCAUCGAGGAACGCACAGAUUAUCUACCGUAUCCCAGAAAAUUUGAAAUCGCUAGAGAAAAUUUGGAAAUUUGCGCGAAAAUGGGCUCAGUGAAGUUCGGAUUCGUGGAAAAGGGAUAUCUGUCUAUGGCAGACCCCAAAAGUCAAAUCGAAUGCAAAACACGACUACCAGUUGCUAUUAAAAGUACUAAGAGAUCUUUCGACGUGGAGCUUCAGACAAUGUUGUUCGAAGAGUUGAAAAUCAUGUGUGCCAUUGAGAAACAUCCCAAUGUAAUUUCUCUUAUCGGUGCUGUCACGACUAACAUGAGAAAAGGAGAGAUUUACCUUGUCACCGAGUACGCUGAUAGUGGAGAUUUUCUAAAUUACCUACAAAAACGGAAAGAUAUCUUUCACAACGGGCUUUUUGAUGAUCAGCAAAAAACCGAAUCUACCCGAUUUCUUCCUUCUGGUGACAAUUUGUCCACAUUGGAUCUUAUUUCUUUUGCGCUUCAAAUUGCAAAUGGAAUGAAGUUUCUGGCAACUGUACCGUGUGUCCAUCGAGAUUUAGCUGCACGUAAUGUCCUGAUCACAUCUUCAAAAAUCUGCAGAAUUGCCGAUUUUAGGCUUGCCAGACGUUACGCAGAUAAAAAUUACUAUAGAAUCAAAAAUGGCAAACAAAUUGCUCUUCCCAUCCCUUGGAUGGCUCCAGAGGCUCUGGAAACUUUAAAAUUCACUGAAAAAAAUGAUGUUUGGUCAUAUGGUAUCACGCUUUAUGAAAUUUUCACGUUGGGUGGCCAACCGUAUCCACAUGUCCAAACUGAGGACAUCAAAGCAUUCUUGAAAAGUGGAAAACGCAACGAACAACCGGAAUAUUGUCAUUACGACGUAUGUUCAACAUUCCUCAUUAUAAAUGAGCUGAAAUUUGACUGUUCGGCUGAGCAUUUGUUCGAAAAAAAUAUGCUCCUCGCCCGUAUCGACGAACAACUUCACACGGAACUUGAAAAACAGUACAAACUCGAAGAAUGGCUUAUGACAAACCGCCCAGACAUUCAAGGUGGAACAUUUACCAGCAGACCAGAGAAUAAUUAA